AAGGAAGGGGGUGGCUACCGUGCUUUUUUUGCGUUGUCUGGAUUCUCUCGGGUUCGGCUUGGGGCUCGACUCCCUCGCCAGGUAUAGGGAUACGGUUUACUUUCGGUGUUUUUUUCUCCUUUUCUUCUUUCAGCGACAUCACUAGCGAACGGAUCUUGUGCUGGGACGGAUAUACUUGGGUUUGGCUCGGCUUAAGCGCACGGGGUCACUUCCAGGAUAGGGGAAAGGACGGUUGGGUUCCUGGAGCGAACGGUCUGCCUGGCUGGAUGGGCGCUUCUUGCGUGGGAUCUUGUUUUAGCGGGGACCUGAUAAUUCUGCUCUUUCUGCUGCGGCGGUCAAUUGACGCUUUUGAUGGUGUGACACCACACACCACUUUUCCUGCCUGUUUUGUUCAAGCUCGGUCGUUGUUGUUUGAUCUCCGUUCCAACCAUGCAACAAGAUGGUUAUCACGAUUUCCCCUCGAAUCACAUAAACAGAGGAGGCUUAUGUAUUGUAUGAUUCCCUUUGAAAUUCGUCUGGGUUUAGAGUAAAUAAAAAGAAGUUAAAAGAA